AUGGUAGGGAAACCUAAAAACAUACCCCUUUAUCACCAAAAAGAGAACAUCAACUCAAUCUGGGAAUACGGAUGGUUGGAAGAAUCCGAAAAGGAACCUGAAGAGGACCCCGAGGAGGAGUCUGAAGAGGAACCCGAGGAGGAAUCCGAAGGGGAACCUGUGGCGGAAGCCGAAGGCGGACCUGCCGAGCCAGUGGUAGACCAGGAAGAAGAGGAAGCCGAAGGAGGUCUUGAGGAGGAACCCAGCGAAGAUGAAUACGGUGAUUCAAACGUAGAGUCCGAAGUCAUCAACCCACCUUAUCCGGUUAGGGUGCCCACUUAUCGGGUGGGCCCCACUGGUCCUACACCCCCUGGGGUAUCGACCUUUGGAGGUGGAGCAGAUAGCAGGGACAGCGACCCCGUUCGGUAUGUCACGCGAGUUCUAUGA